CAGUGACAAGCUGAAUCCCGUAGAUCCAAAAGCAGUGGUGGAAUCAUCUCCCACGUUAUCAGGACACCUGACAGUCUGCAAAAAGGGCCCUUCCGUUGUACUCUCACACUUUAAGCAUGGAACAAGAGGAAGAUGAGGAUAUCGCAUUCGCCAAGUGGAUGAGCAGCUUUUGGGGCCACAACUUGGUGGAUGAAGGGGGCAAGGAUGUGCGAGCUCGGCAGAGACGACAGUCAAAAGCCCCAGCUGAAAGGAGAGCCUCUUGUCCGGCUCAGCUCUCAGCCGUGCGCAUGAGUCAAAUGCAUUCAACCACCAAAGUGCCAACACCUGUUUCCCUGAAAGGUUUCAAAGAAAUCCGCAGAGACAAAGAAGACAGAGGACAUCACCUCAUGAAGGCAAAGACCAAUGAGCCAACACUAAACUCACAGGAAGAAAAUAAGCGCUCUUCUGUCCAGACAUUUACAAGCACGUUUCAGAAACAUCUGAAAUUUCGAAGCAGGAAUACACUUUCUCUGGAUAAAGAGGAAGACCCAUGCGUUAUAUGUCAUGACGAUCUCAGAACUGGAUAUGUGCGGGAGCUUCAUUGCAUGCACAGAUUUCAUAAGGAGUGCAUAGGGAUGUGGCUUUGGAAGAAACCGACAUGUCCGACAUGCCGGGUCAAAGUGAAGAUCCCAAACCCUUUCUUCUGGUCUUCACCAAAGAAUGAAGAUCCCAUGACAGCUACCUUCUAGAUUGCAGUUCAUCUGUGAAACAGCUUUGGGACUUGUCUUUUCUUUUCAAUUUCUUUUUUUUUUUGAAUCAGACAGUUGCAUUGAAGAGGCACCCAAUUGGUUACCCCAGUAUAGAGCAAUGCAAAGUGGUGACUGAGGCACAAGUUAAUACAGAGAGAAGCAAAAUAUUCAGUAGAAUUAACCCUUCAAAACUCACACUGGACUCUAUUUCUUGCAUUCGCCUAGCAAAGCUCAGCCACGACACUUUACAGCGAAUCCUGUGAAGUGCUUUGAGAUGACCUCC